AUGGGAGUUUGGGUGAAACUGGGAGACAUCAGGAGAGGCUUGUGGAUAGUCACAUGGUCUCUUGGUGAAGUUAGUGAUUUGAAACAGCUCCAGGGGGAGAAGAAUCACCCUUCUCCUAAUUUUAAGCAGUAUGUGAGGGAACAGGGCUCGCUGACGGACCAGCUGAGCCGGCGGCAGGUUCGGGUGUAUCAGCUGUACAGCAGGACCAGCGGGAGACACGUGCAGAUCCCGGGCCGCAGAGUCAGCGCCACCGCGGAGGACGGGAACGCUUUCGCCAGACUUUAUGUGGAGACGGACACCUUCGGGAGUCGAGUUCGGAUCAAAGGAGCGGAGACGGGCAGAUACCUGUGUAUGAACCGCAGGGGCAAACUAGUGGGCAAGGCUAACGGCAGGGGACGGGACUGCAUCUUCACAGAGAUCGUUCUGGAGAACAACUACACCGCUUUCCAGAACGCUCGCUACGAAGGCUGGUUCGUGGCCUUCAGCAGAAAGGGUCGUCCCAUCAAGGCCUCCAAAACCAGGGAGAACCAGCGGGAAGUUCACUUCAUCAAACGCCUCCACAAAGGCCCUCUCCCCUUCCCCAACUCAGACCAACCCAAACACUUCGAGUUCAUCAGCUUCCCUCCGACCCGACGGGCGAAACGCAACAGAAGACCCUCCUAACACCAACACUUACACACACACACACACUCAGCGGACUAUUUCCAACCCGUCACACUAAAUGCGUCUCUAUCGCACGCGUUGUGUUUAUCGUGCAAUUAAUUCGCGGAAAUUCGAUUUUUACGUGGAUAUGGGUAGAUUUAGUAGUGGUGUGGGGUACGUGUGUAUUAUACGUUUGCGGUAGGAUUAGGGCCGUUACAUAGUCAACGCAUCGGAACGCAAACGCGUCCGCAAGGCUAAGCAUUGCUACACUUCGGCCGCCAUUAUGCGUCGAUGCGUAGCCAAAUGUGUCGUCCUAGUUUUUGAUACGCGACGCACCGAUGCACGCAAUACUAUGCGUUGUCGGUGGGGCCGACAUUGCAAGUAUUGUACAUUAAUUCAAGUAUAUUAUGUUUACAGAAGAAGGUUUGAAUACAAUGGCGGGCGAAGAGGA